UUAGACGUACAUAGUACUUCGUAGUGCCCGUUAGAAUUUCAGUAACCGUCGCGAUCUCCUUAACUUUAAACACUCUUAGUAAAUCUCCAAAUCUCUAAAUACUUGCCUGUACCUAAAUUGCGCCAAACCGUUGCGCACGUCUAGAAGAAUAUCAACAAUACUUAUAACACAAUACCUAGGUGCACCACAUCCGAAUAAACCAACAACAACAACAAUAACAAUAACAAAUUCCACCCGGCAUGGGCCUCGGUGGAGUACAAGAUGCAACAACGUCGAGAUGAGAUUCUAGCAAAGAAGGCGAAGCUCGCCGAACUCAAGAGACAGAGAGAAUUAAGAGCUAGUCAGGCAGCCUCUGUUUCUAGACCUAGUAUAGGCGGCGGAUCUAGCGAUCUCAUCUCCCCCACACCGGGUCGCGACAAUCGCAAGGUCAUCGAGUCCUUGAUUAAUAGUCUGGUGGGCGAAAGUCGACCUGCGUCUUCCACCACAGGCGUAGCAUCCCCUGGCCUCCGAGGAAGUCGACCCAACAGCGUUCUCAGUGCUGACGAACUGAGCGGUGAGCAUUCGGAAUAUGCUUCCCAAGUAAACGGCCAGCCUGCCUCGACCCAACCGCAGGUCUUAACAACCGUACCCCUUCAAACCGUAUUCGAAUGUCCACCGUCCCCCGUCAAGGAGAUAUUUUCCUACAGCAAAGGCGUGCAAACAACGGAUGACUGGGCUCCCCCGGCCACUAGACCUAGAGCCUUUUCGGAUGCCGAAGAUGAGGAUCUUCCUGCCACCUCCACUCCCAACAAGCGGUUGAGCAGAUGGAAACGCGACAGGGAAGAAGAGCUACGUCAAAAUUUACGGUUGGAGAUCGAAGAGGAAUUAAAGGCAGCUCGGGAGUUGAUUACCGAUGGCCCCCUGCAGACCAACUCUACCGUUACAUCGAAUUUCCCGGCUAGGGCGUUAAGUAGCGAGGAGCUAGAAGCUGUCGUGGCAUCUGACGACUUCGUUGAUUUCGUCGAACGUUCAACCAAGGUUAUCGAGCGAGCGCUUGACAUCAGCAAUGAGUACGAUAUCUUAACAGACUAUUCGCUCCAGGCCCACGAUAUCGAGGACGAGGAUGAACAGGCAGGCAAUACAGGCGGGAAGGGUCGCCGGCGAGUUAAGGAAGUUGUUCAAUUUUACGAUGAUCGGUGGUCCAAAAAGCGUAUGAUCAGCAGCAUUGAUUUCUCGCCAAAGUUUCCUGAGCUUCUGCUGGCAUCUUACACGAAAAAUCCCUCCGCUCCCCAUGAUCCUGAUGGCGUUGUGCAAGUAUGGAAUCAACAUCUCCACGACCGACCUGAAUUCCUCUUCCACGCUCAGUCCGAUAUUCUUACCGCAAAAUUCUCCCCCUUUCACCCCAAUUUAAUCAUAGGUGGCACAUAUUCCGGGCAAGUCCUCCUAUGGGAUACCCGGGCCAAAUCCGCCCCUGUACAAAAAACACCGUUAACAGGGUCCGGUCAUACGCAUCCAGUAUACUCAGUCGAUAUUGUUGGUACCCAGAAUGCGAAUAACAUCAUUUCGGUUUCUACCGACGGCGCUUUCUGCGUAUGGAGCGUCGAUAUGCUUUCCCAGCCUCAAGAAUCGCUUACUCUCACAACGCCACCUCCCAACAAGUUCGAAGACCUCGCGCCGACCACGAUGGCCUUCCCUCAAGCAGACCCAACCUACUUCCUCGUUGGUUCUGAAGAGGGCCCGAUUUACCCAUGUCACAGGUAUGAUCGCGCCGGCGCCAAGGCAGGCGUCGACUCUCGCGUUUCCUACAAGGGGCACGCGGCCCCCGUUAUGAGUGUUGAUUUCCACCCGGCACGCGGCCCCGUAGAUCUAGGCGACCUAGUUCUUUCUUCAUCCCUCGACUGGUCCGUCAAAUUGUGGAAAGUCCGCGCCCCAGCUGCAACUAGCACUAUCGUCGAGAGCGCCGGCACUGCCGUACCCCCGCUCCUCGAUUUCGUCCGCGAGGACGUUGUUUAUGACGCCGCGUGGUCGCCUGUUCGCCCCGGCGUCUUUGCCCUUGUCGAUGGAGCUGGCUCCCUCGAACUCUGGGAUAUCACCGUUGAGAUCGAAAUCCCCGUUGCCAAGAUCAGUCCUACACCCCGCAAGGACGGUCGCCAGCUCUUGAGUAAGAGUCUAAAUAAGGUCGCCUGGGAGACCAGCGAGGGCAAGAAACUGGCUACGGGUGGUAUUGAUGCCGUAGUCAGCGUAUUCGAGGUCGGCCCCGAUUUAGGUGGAAAGGAGGCAGUUCGGAGCGAGGAGUGGACCAAUGUCAAGAAGCUUGUUGCGAGGCUUGAGGCUGGGGUUAGUGGAGGGGUUAGUGGCUUUGCAUAAGCGAGCGAUCAUAAUCGGAGGGUUUUUUGUUUCUAGUGCUACUCUUAUUUGAUUGUUGGGAGAGGAGAGCUCUUUCGGCCGUGGCCCUCGUGUUAGGAGGCAAAACGUGGGCUGGCUACCGUGCACAGGGCUAUUAUACCCAGCCCGAAAAAUGGCGUUUGUCAAACGAUGAGAUGACAUGGCGAGUUUGGUGUCGUGCCAGGUAGCCAAUAACCUUGCCUGGCUAUAACUAGGAUUUUUAG